AUGGGACCCAGUAUUCGACAGAGGUCCCCGGUGUACAAUAUUUUGACUGAUGGUUUGUUGCUUGAUCUCCUAAAGUGCUACACGAGGGAGGCUAGAGACUGCUCGUCGUACAACGCGCCCAGUUNCUCCGUCUACUCGAACGACCCCGACUACCUUGGGUGCUGGAGCGAUCCCCACUCGGCGGAAUCGCGGCUGUUUCCCAUCCUGAUCGACACAUCGGACGACAUGACUACUGCGGUGAGCGACCGGCACAUGUGUGCAGCAGGCUAGAGACUGAUCGUCGUACAACGCGCCCAGUAGUUGGGUUCGGGGUUCGUCAUUGUGCAUUGUGUACAUUUUCCUUACUCCCUGAGGCUACCGUGAUGUGCCGCAUAUUCGUGUCAAUCCGCACUUGGGACGUGAAGAGCCGAAGACUACAUCAGCNCAUGUGUGCAGCAGGCUAGAGACUGAUCGUCGUACAACGCGCCCAGUAGUUGGGUUCGGGGUCCGUCAUUGUGCAUUGUGUACAUUUUCCUUACUCCCUGAGGCUACCGUGAUGUGCCGCAUAUUGGCGUCAAUCCGUACUUGGGGCGUGAAGAGCCGAAGACUACAUUAGGGACUCCAAAAGGGUCUGCGAAGGCCUCUGCGCCAAUUAUGCGUAUUACGGGACGCAGUAUGGAACCGAGGUGAGAUGAGCGUUUUCCUUCCUCUGGCGAGAAUUGUGUGAGCGAGACGCCCGUGGGUCGUCACAGGCUGCGACUUCGCCAUUCAAGUCAGGAGCCCUCGGAGGCGUCAUUAGACCUGCCCGUUCCGAGUGAAGACUGAGGCUCUGUCUCGUUUGACUAUGUACGCUCGUUUAAAAGGAAACCUCCUCCGUAGCACAUACACCCCGAGGAUAUGGACAUGCUUGCGGACGGACAAGCCAUUGCUUCAUGAUCGGGUUCCAAGUUUACACUGGCUUCAGUCAGAGAGGGAACAGCGUGCCAGACCGAAACAGAAACAUGGCAGGAUUGCUUUCGCUGUUGCAGACUACUUGCACACAGAUGUACUGUAGUACAGGCACCUAUACGAUCCUGGUGCGCGCGGCAUCACGAAGCUUUCCUCGAACCCUGCCGCGCUUGUGGACGUUGGCUCAUCAGUCUAUCAAACUCCGCCCUCCACUUAUCACGCCCAGAAAACGG